CGGGGCGAGCGGAACAUGGCGCCGGGCGGCGGCGGCGGCGGCAGCGGGGGCGCGGCGGGGGCGCUGCGGGCGCUGCUGGGGCUGGCGCUCGCGCUCCCCCUGGCGGCGGGGCCGGGCCCGCCCGGCAGCGACGGCGGCAGCGUGAUCCUGGGCAUGCGGCUGGAGGGCACCAGCAAGCCGGCGGCCGCGGCGGCCGAGGGGGGCGUCAUCCAGGUGACCGAGGGCAGCCAGGUGCGGCUGCGGCUCUUCGGGCUGGGCAUCCGGCCGGGCACCGGGGAGCUGGUGGCCUUCGCCGCCCUGGGCGCCUGGGCCAACGGCAGCGCGGCGGGCAACGCCAGCGCCCCGGCCCGGGCCGAGGGCGGCUGCCCCGAGCCCACCCAGGACCUGGUGGUGCAGCCCCGCAUGGCCGAGACGCGCGACACCUCCGGGGUGCUGCUCGUGCGGGUGCAGCCCCUGCGGAAGCACGAGCGGGCCAAGGUCUACGUCCUGUGCACCAAGCGCGGCCCCGGCCAGCCCUGGCUGCAGCACCAGGGCAGCGACGGCCGCCUCAUGGUGGUGGAGGAGAAGAAGUCGCUGCUGCCCCUCUGGUUCCAGAUCAUCCUCAUCCUCUGCCUGCUGGUGCUCUCCGGCAUGUUCAGCGGCCUCAACCUGGGCCUCAUGGCGCUGGACCCCAUGGAGCUGCGCAUCGUGCAGAACUGCGGCACCAACAAGGAGAAGCGCUACGCCCGCAAGAUCGAGCCCAUCCGCAGGAAGGGCAACUACCUGCUCUGCUCCUUGCUGCUGGGCAACGUGCUGGUGAACACCACCCUCACCAUCCUACUGGACGACCUCAUCGGCUCCGGCUUAGGCGCCGUCAUCGCCUCCACCAUCGGCAUCGUCAUCUUCGGCGAGAUCGUGCCGCAGGCCCUCUGCUCCCGGCACGGCCUGGCCGUGGGCGCCAACACCAUCGCCAUCACCAAGUUCUUCAUGCUGGUGACGUUCCCCCUCUCCUUCCCCAUCAGCAAGCUCCUGGACUGCAUCCUGGGCCAGGAGAUCGGCACCGUCUACAACCGUGAGAAGCUGGUCGAGAUGCUGAAGGUGACGGAGCCCUACAACGAUCUGGUCAAGGAGGAGCUCAACAUGAUCCAGGGAGCUCUGGAGCUCCGGACUAAGACAGUGGAGGAUGUCAUGACUCCGCUCCACGAUUGCUUCAUGAUCAACAGCGACGCCAUCCUGGACUUCAACACAAUGUCGGAGAUCAUGGAGAGCGGCUACACCCGCAUCCCGGUCUAUGAGGAGGAGCGCUCCAACAUCGUGGACAUCCUCUACGUCAAGGACCUGGCCUUUGUGGACCCUGACGAUUGCACCCCCCUCAAGACCAUCACCAAGUUCUACAACCACCCGGUCCAUUUCGUCUUCCACGACACCAAGCUGGAUGCUAUGCUGGAGGAGUUCAAAAAAGGCAAAUCGCACCUGGCCAUCGUGCAGAAGGUGAACAGCGAGGGCGAGGGCGACCCCUUCUACGAGGUGCUGGGGCUGGUGACGCUGGAGGACGUCAUCGAGGAGAUCAUCAAGUCGGAGAUCCUGGACGAGUCGGACAUGUACACUGACAACCGCACGCGGAAGCGUGUGGCCAACCAGAAGAACAAGAGGGAUUUCUCCGCCUUCAAGGACUCCGACGGCGAGCUCAAGGUGAAGAUCUCGCCCCAGCUGCUCCUGGCCGCACACCGCUUCCUUGCCACGGAGGUGACGCUCUUCAUGCCAACCCUCAUCUCGGAGAAGAUCCUUCUGCGGCUUCUCAGACACCCCGACGUCAUCCAUGAGCUCAAGUUCGACGAGGAGAACAAAAAAUCGCCCCGGCAUUUCCUGUACCACAGGAACAAGCCGGCCGACUACUUCAUCCUCAUCCUGCAGGGGAAGGUGGAGGUGGAAGCCGGCAAGGAGAACAUGAAGUUUGAGACGGGAGCCUUCUCCUAUUACGGUGUGAUGGCGCUGAACUUGCCCCCGCCGCUGGAGCUGCGCUCCCUGUCCCACAUGAGCAGCCUGAACCGCUCAGCGUCGCUCAGCUACCAUGAGCGCUCGGACUCCGUCGCCUCCCCCAUCAGCGGCAGCAGCAACCAGCUCAACGUGUGCACCAGCGCCCAGUACGUCUCCGACUUCAGCGUCCGCGCCCUCACGGACCUGCAGUUCGUCAAGAUUACGCGCCAGCAGUACCAGAAUGGCCUGAUGGCCUCGCGCCUGGACAGCUGCCCUCAGUCUCCGGACAGCAGUGCCCUCAAAAUGGACAUCAGCUUGACAGACAAGGCGGAGCCCUUGGGGGCCGACGAGACCACCAGCCUGCUGAACGAGAGGAACUGCCUGGACCGCAGGGGCAGCCACAGCCCCCAGGAGAACUCCAUCUGAGCCUGGCACCAGGGCCCCCGCCGGCGCCCCCGCCAGGACACUUCACACCCUUCGGGGUGGGGAGCCUUUCCCCGCGUCCAAAUAGCUCUGUCUAGAGAUCCCUCCCUCUGCGAGCCACUUUGAUCGCCCGGGGCAGCCCCUGCUGCCAGCGUUGGUGAGGAUGUGGGUUCGUGGCGCCGUGGCCACACUGGGAUGCAAAAGGGGAUCCCCCACCCCUUCCCCGAAAUGUGCCCUGGAGCUGUUGGAUCCCAGGGACCGACUUUACCUCGGCCUGGGCCAGGCGUGGACUGGGAGCAGGGAGGGUGACUCCGCAGAGGAUUUAUAAAGGGAACUCAUUGGCUGCUGUUUCUAAACUGGGUUUUAUUUAAAUGAAUAAAGAUGGAAACAAAGGGACGAGCUCUCAAACCCCAGGCCGUGCCUGGAGUGCCCCCGCCGAGAGCAGCUACGCUCACCCGCUUGGCACCUCAGCAUGACCCAUUGCACUCCCCCCGCAGCAUGGCCCUGGUUCAUGUCACACCCUCCCCACCCCUGGUCCAGCAGCAGAUCAGUCCCUGGCCAUCCCGCCUGGGGAGGGGACAGCGAUCGGCCCGGGCAGCAGCUGCCGGUUGUGGGAGUCGCUGGCCCAGCUCAGGGAGCCUUGGUGUCUCGUAGGUUUCUUUUUCUUGUUGUUGUUGCCGGGUGGUUGGGAGUUCGGAGCAGCCAGCACUGGAGUCGGCCACAGUCAGGGUGGUUGGAACCCAUCCUAGCCGGGCACUGGCCUUGCAGAGCUCUUCGUGCGUCCGUGUCAUUUGGCGCAUCUCAGAGGUGGAGCCCAGCACGUGUCCAGGAUUCAGCUGGGGGUGGUGGGGCCAGGCUCAAGGGGUACUUCUCGCUCCAAGCGCUGGCCGCAGAGCGGAGCGGUGGCGCUGGCCGGGAUUCUGCAUCGCUUCAACAGACAUGGUGCGGGUAAUAUUGUGAGCGUGGGUGUGAAUGGGGCUGGGUGGGAGUGGAGGGGCCAGGCCCUGGGGGGGUCAGUGAACCGCCCCCUCCGGCCGACAUGGCUUGUGAGGGGACGUUGGUUUUGUCCCUGCUUGGCCGGAUUCUGCUCUCGCCUGCGUGGGGUUUGCUGUGUCAGUGGGGUACCCUGUGUGCACCCGCCUGAGGUCUGGCUCGGUUGGGACAGACGCCUGGGCUUCUCCACCCACCUGGCCAAGAGAGACCAAGGGACCUCGUUCAGCUCUCCGUAGCUCCAGUGUCAGUCCAGAUUUACCCUGUUGACUCGCUAGCUGAGCCCAGUUGACCCGGAGUAACUGAGAGCAGUGGGGCAGCCUGUGUCCUCGUGAGCCAGCAGAGACCAAAGCAGUGUCGCUUGUCCCCUCCCACAGGCUCAGGGACCCGUGGUGCCCCCACCUGUCUGUGUCCCCGUGGCUGCUGUCUGGGCUAGCUGGGAGCCCUGGCCUGGGGCACCGCCGGGGAGAGAGGGCUGGGCAGAGAAUGCCGUCUGGGAGUGCUGCCCUGGAGAGCCAGUUUCUCCUCCAAACCAACCUGGCUUCUGAGCAAUAAUUGCUCCGGGGAUGCUCCUCGGCAGGGCAGGGCAGGCUCCCCUGGGUGCCCCUGACUCCCCAGGCAGGUGGACAGGUGUAAUGGGGCUGUCGUGUGACACUGGAGGGGCUGGAAGAGGCAGGGCCUUGGCAGGGCAGCCCCCGUGCUCAGAAGCCCCUCUGGACAGCGAGGGAUGCCUAUUUGUCCUGCACCCCAGCUGUUCCUUGUUCGGGGGUUGUGAGGGAGCUGCUGUAGCUGGCUGGUUCACACUCCCCAUUGACAGACCAAGGGGCAGGGUGUCUGUGGGCACAAGCUGGCCCAGGGGGCACAGCCUCUCCUCAGUGGAUCCGGGUCUUCCCACCAGAGCAUAACCGCUCCACUGGGGGGACUGGACCUUCAGGGCGGGUCAACAAUGCCAGAGCCCUCGGGUCCCUCUGUCCCUGCCCGCAGCCCGGUGCCAGGGCGGCCUUUCUGGCUAGGGCCUCCUGUUUGAACUCCAGCCCACUCUCCCUUUUCAACCAAAGAUCAGAAACUAGGACAGUUCAGGCGGCCCCCUUGGGAGACUGCAGAGACGCUCAGCUCCUCCCGCCCCGCUCUUGGCUCUGGCUGAAAGGGGAAGAGCAAGGUGCUCUGGCGGGGCCAAUCACUACAUCUGGGCGUCAGCAGAAAUUAAAUGUAAUUGUUCAUUUGUAAUGCUCCUCGGCAGCCUCACGGAGCUGGGGGCGGAAGUUGGUCAGAUCUGUGUGGUUUUAAGACAAAUUUUAAAGAAAUGGGUGGGUUCAUGUAUUUCCGGUGCUUAAAUUACCCGUAAACGUAUGGCUGUGGAAUGAGUUCCAGGGUGUAACUAAACCUGCUGUUCCGCGCCUCAGAGUGACUUUGUCUGAGCGGUAUUCGGUGACUCCUGCUUUGGCUCAGUCUCCAGAUCAGAUCUGCGUUUAGGCCACGCCAGGGUUAACACAUGGGACACGAGAGCUGGUGCCCUGGUUGUCAGUGCUGUGGUAUUUGAUCAAAGAAACGCCCCAGCCGUUGACGUGUUUAUGGAAUUGUUCACCUCGCAGGGGGACCUCACCUGACCCACACCGAGGCUUUAAACGGACUCUAGACGUUAGCGCCAACAAGGACUGCUGCUUAUAGGCCCCAGAGAAGUUUCCUACUGGUGUCCUUGGUUACCUGGGUGAGUCGAAACCUUGUAAAAUUGAUGUGGAUGUUCUGACACCACCUGCUCAGGGUGAGAAGAAUCAGGUCGGUUGCCCCCGCCGUCAGUGAUACAGUACUCCUGCUUCUGAGCUCUUCAUAGGGCAAUUGUACCUUACCCCAAAAUGUACCGCGGGGACCGUAGCAGUCUCCUCGGGCUGACUGCCGCACGCAACCAUGACGUUGCGAUAGGGAAAAAAAUCUUCAUACUGUUGGAUUUAUUCUCUUGGGAGUUAACGGUUCCCAUAGAACAAAUAUCGCACGCUGAUGGAUUGCAUGCUGAUGUUUUAAAUGGGUACUGCACAGCGUAUGCUCUGGAGCGUAUGCUCCAGAUCCGAACUCCACGGUCGAGUUCGGAUCUGGAGCCCUCGUUUGGGAUCUGGGAAUAGUGCUGGGUAUGUUUUGUUGGUGAGGGAAGCUCCUCGGGGGCUUAGCAGAACUAGAGAGUCCGUUCCACAGGAAUCCUCCUCCUUGGCGAGAUGGAGGGAUGUCAGAAAAGUCCCCUUUGCAGAUCGUCAGAGACGUCUCUAGAGAGACGGUUCAAUUUUCUGUGAAGUUUCUGAAGUUGUUUUCUUGGGGAAAAAAUGGCUCUCCUGCUCCUAACCUUUAAAGUUGGAGUCAUCCCGACCUGGAAAAAAUUCUCCCUUCAGCCCCACCAGAGCCGAGCGCUCCUGGGAAGUGUCUAGUCACCGUUCUGUUGGUGUAGAAUCUUCUAGCUGGGGGGCAGAUGAACUCCAGUUCGACUCUCCAAUCCCAGGCAGCGUCCAGCUCUGGCAGGCGGAAAAAUCUUCCUUUGAAUUGUAAACGGAGCCGGCUCAGCUUCCUGGUCCACCUCUUCCGGUUUUCUGGGCUAAUUACAGAGAGACCUUUGGUCCCCCAAAAGUCUCUCAUCCCCAUUCAUGAUAACCACCAUCAAAAUAUGAAGGAAAGCCAUUCAGUACAUAGACACAGCUCCAGAGUUCCCCCAAACUCCCCCUCUUAGGGCGCCCCAGGAUGAAGGGUGAUUGGGACAAUAAGAUGAGCACUGUGAUAAUGGAUUGGCGCAGGGAGCUGGUCUUUAGAGGGAAAACAAGCCAUUUUUACAUAGUCACUCUUCAGUGUAGAAGCACACUGUAAAACAGUGGUUCAAUUGGUCUUGGUUUCCACUGGUUUCCAAGGCAGCCUGAAUUUUCUCAGUCUUGAUCUGCCUCUUGGUGCUCUGCCUGCAGCUGGGAGAUCGCCUCCCGUGUCAUUACGAUGGCAGCCCCAAAAGAGACAUUCUCAUUGGUGUCAUCUAGGCUGCUGUUAAAACCAGGUUUGCUGCAGUAUGGUUAGACAGGGAGAGUCUGGCCUUCCUUUUCUUUGCUCCUUGUGUGACCACAUAUGCCUGGGAUUGAGGGGUGCGGGAAGUCACCAACAGCAUGGGCGGAGAAUUCAGGGUUGGUCGUUUUCCGCCCUCUCAGCAGGUGACGCCAGGAGGUGCAGAGAGGCGAAGGAUCAGGCCCAGGCGCUGUGCUGUGUGUGGAUUUGGAGCAGAUGGGUUUAACUGCACUCUGGCUCUGCUCAGUGACUGGCUCUCCAGGGGAAUUUGCCAUCACUCUAGCCCAGGCUGUUGGCGACGGCUGUUGGAACACGCCUCUCACGUGGGCCCAUGGGCUGGGGAGAUCCGUAGGCAGUGGACCAUGGUUCCCUUUAAGUACUGUACCGUCUUGAAGUUUUCGUUUGACUCCCUGCAGCCAAGGUGCCAAGCAGCAGUGGGAAGCUGUGUCCUCCCUGAGCAUGCUCCAUAGAUUGACUCGCUGAAUUCUGCCGCUGACUGAUUUGCUGUGUCUCUUCUCAGCGCUGUAUUCUGGGGGUGGGACCCCUUGUAUAGAAAAAGGUCCUGCAGCUGUCAGAGUGGCUGCAUGUCUGGGGCACAGGACUGGGGCUCUGUAGACGUAGGUGUUAAUUCUAGCUCUGCUACUGAACAGCUGUGUGACCUUGGGCAAAGCCCUUCCCCUUCCUGUGCCUCAGUUUCCCCAUCUUUGGAACUGAUGAAACUCUCCUAAGUUAUAUGGGGAUACAUAGCAAAGCGGCACCAGAUCAUGGAGCACUUCUCACUCCAGCACUGCACAGCGCUGCAGGAUCUGUUGGGUUUUAAUACAGGGCUUUCUCAACCCCUGUCCGAUCCAUACCAUUUCUCAGCUGGUUCGGACGCUGAUGCCAGUAUUUUGAUUGCACCCUCCCAAAAGGGAGGGGGCCCUUUGGUGUGUGAACGUGCUCACAGUCUGUGAGCGGAGCUAAUGACCAAAGCUCGCAGGCGGCUCCUCAGGUUUCACUGAGAGGCUGGUCCCGUUGACUCAUCCAGAGCCACAGGCCUGAGCCCUGUGGGGCAGACUUUAUUGCAGACAAAUGGGAUGGGGGUGCGGAGGGGAGAUCCCAGGGGAAAUGAAUCUGGCCAGGUUAGAGAAGAAGCUGGGAAGGGAAAGGAUGUUAAGACAUCCUUAGGCAAUUGGAUCCAGUGAGGGCAGACCCUUGUAAAGUAAUAGAGGUACCAUAUGGGCUGAAUGAGCCAUCUGCCUGGACUGGGUUGCAGGAUUGGGGCCGACCUAGCUCGCCGCUCAGCCUUCUGAAAGGAAAACUCCAGUGACGGGACUUUUUGCCAGGAUUUCCCAAUUCUCCCAUCUGCAGAAUGGGCUUUUUAAUUUCCAUGUAUUGCAUUUAAUUCUAACUGUGUGUUUCCCAUUGAAAUUCAGUGGCAGAUAGACACUAUGCCUCUCCAGUCACCCUUCCUGAGAAGUAUGGCUCCCUCCUUGUCAGAGUCUGAGCCAUCCGUUGCCAUAGAAAUGCCACAGCUUGCACAGGGAUUUUUGGAGUGCAUCGUUGUCCCUUGCAAUUUCUUCCUUUCCUGUAUACAAGUCUUUCGCUUGCCGUCGCUUUUGUCUGAUUUUUCAUGUUCUGACUGUGUGUGAAGUUUUUUUUUAUUCCAGACAAAAGCACCGUGGUUUCCAAAUGCUGCCCACUGGGGGUGACUUUAUGUAAUUUAUUGUGUGGGGGUUAUUUUUUAAAUUAAGUUUUUAAAAUCCGUUCCUGUCAGGAGAGACUCUAGAGAUUAAAAAAAAAAAACAGUUCGUUUUUUUUUUUAAGGCAGAAAUAUUUCUCUGCAACGUUGGAUUGGAAAAAAGCUGAGGGUUUUCUCCUGAAGCCCCUUUCUCCGAGCACGCGUGAGCAUGUGCAUGGAGACGCCCGUGUUCAUGCCACCUGUCUCCUCGGAGGUCUGUUGGCAGCAGCUCUUUGAGCAGGGAGUUAGUUAUGUGCCGAUUAAAUUAAAUAAAACAGACGGCUCCUUUUUCGGUACGUGUCAUUUCCUGUUCUGUUGGAGACCAGGAAGUGACCUCAGAAAGGAUGAUGCUUCACCCAUGGUCAUGUUUCUCAUCAGUCUGGCUCCAAUCCAGGAAAGCAUCCCCUACAUUCAGGACAGCACCUAAGCAGGUGUUUAAACCCCUUUGGAGUCGUGGGAGUAAAGCACAUGGUUAACGUUAAGCACAUAUGUCCAGGUUUUCCUGAAUCGGAGCUCCAUGCACAUCUGUAACUCCAUUGACUUCAGUGGGUUGAUUCGCUUGGUAACUGUUCUCUCCACUGACUUCAGAGGACGGACUCCUAAUCUGUGCUGGUGUGAGAGUAGAAUCGAGUCACUCGGGCCCUCGGUUAUCAGAGACUCGACCUGUUACGAGGAGCAAAUCGAUUCCGUUUAAAGGCCCAGUUGAUGUUCUCAGUAGCUGUCAUGAGUCGUGUUCAGGUUUUAUCCAGGAUACUACCGUCUCCAUGAAACAAUGCCUCCACCUAGCACAGGGGACUGGGUUUGCAAACUGCGUGGCUGGCACCAAAGUGCAGAACAGAGCGAGGGCAUGUGUCGAUCCAGAUCAGACCUUGUCCCCACUGGGAUCUUGGGUGGAACCCAACACUCGGCUCCAAAUGCCCUCGAAUGUUGUGGCCGUUCCAUAGUCUGUGGGCCUGAUUCUGCCCUGCCCUGCAUACAGGCAGUUACACCACUGCAGAGUAGGUACAAAGCAUUGCGUUCGGAUUUGGCUGCGUUUUAUACUCUCUUGUGCACAGUGUGAGUGACUGCACAAGGGGCAGGGCAGGAGAGAAUCACACACACAUCCUCUGCAGGGAAUUUUAGCUCCUCCGUGCCGGUUGUCUCCUCUCUCCUGAGCAAUCCCAAUUCCGCUGGCUUUCCUCCUCCCUAGCCAAUCAGCAAUAACCCCCACACUGGACUCCCCUGGCUUUGCAUCGCUGAUGGGGCCAAGGCGGGGAGAUCCAAAUACUGUAGACGGGCCAUGCCAGGUAGCAAAUGACUAAUAUUUAUUUUGCACCAGAUUUAAUUUGUAUAUGUUUGUGAUUAUUUGGGGGGAUCGUCGUUUCUUGUAUAUUUUUUUCAUUGUUCUGAGUUGUGCCCUUUUGGGAGGGGAUUUGGUUGUGUUUCAUUUUUGAGUCUGCGUCUCUUGUCACUAAGAAAUUAUGAUAUUUGCUAAACGAAAUAUGGAAUUUAUUUUUUUGAUUGGGUAAUAAAAUAUCUCUCUAUAUUCCCUUCCUUCUGCGCUUUGUGGCCCCUGAAGGUUCAUUCCCAGCCGCGCAGGUGGAAGCCGGGAGACCGAAUUUGCGUAUGUCUAAUUUCAUGGGCAGUGGAGUGUCUGUUUCUGUUGAAUCGUUUCUCUGUUCACGUGUUUGGUGGGGAGCAAAUUACAUGAUCUCACAAAUGCUCACGUUUCAGCCAGAUCCUCAGCUGAUGUAAGUUGUUGUAGCUACCUUGAAGUCAGCAGAGUUUUGCCGCUUCACACCAAAUGAGGAUCUGCCCUGUGUUGUUUAUCCUAUUUUCAUUUCUUUACUCAGCUCUAAGGGCCAGGUUGCCAGCUGAUGUAAAUGGAUAUUGCUCCAUGAGAGUCAAUGGGCCAGAUCCCAGCUGGGGUCAAUGGGCCAUCGCUCCGUGGGAGUCAAUGGGCCAGAUCCCAGCUGGGGUAAAUCAGCAUAGCUCCAGUCACAUCAAUGGCCUAUCUGCUUUACACUGUCUGAGGAUCUGGCCCUUCGAGUUUAGUAAAGAGAUGGAACGGGAACUGGGGCAGCACUGAAAGAAACAGAGUUUCUUAUAUUUGCUUCUUCAUUUUCCAUUCACCAAUUCAAAGCUGUUAGUGCUUCCCUGCUCUGGCUGGGCGACAGCAGCCACCUCCAAAGCUAACGUGCCCCCCACCCACUCGUCAGCACUGCUUUUGGCUCCUAGAGCAGCUGAGAAUUUAAAGGGACGGGGCAGAGUUUGGGUCCUAAACUUACUUUAAAACAAAAAAAACAACCCUAAUUUUCCUGAUUUUGUUUUGAACGAGAAUCCUGGUGGCAGUGGUAUUGUGUCCCAUUGACCGCUCUGUCCCUGGGGGUUGCAGAAUGAUGCCAGGGCUUUGCCACGCCAGAGCAGGGGUUUGCUGGGCCUGGAGAGCCCCAGAGUAAAACUGACUCCUAUACAAAGGUGAAACUGACCAGUCCGUUUUCACUGGGCUGGGGGCUGUGUGUGCAGCGCCCUGCACGGUGGGGCCUUUGGACACUACUGUAAUACCCCAUACGUAAUGCCACCGCAUGAGAAAGCGGAUCCAAGACCAGGCCCUUAUUGAGGAGCUGAGGCUCCAAAUCCAGCCGGGCCCCGGCCUGCGGCUGGUGGGUAGGUGGCAGCAUUGCCCUGGGCUGUGAGAGCUGAAAGCCUGGGUCUUUACACCUCCGGGAACACGGGUGAUGGUACGGAACGCCCCGAGAUUUCCCAGCUGGAACCGUGUCCAAGCUGGGCAGGCUGUUCGGGGCUGAACCAAAGCCCGGGAAACGCACAGGAGCGGGCGUGUGGCCCUGCUCCCCCUUCUACUCGCUCCCCUGCUGUAGUACAGCAGAGAGGACAAGGCUGGAGCUCGGUGCUGAGCCGAGUUUUACAGUGUCUCAGCAGCAUCUUGAGCCUCCCCCAAUAACAAAAUGAGCUCACGCUCAUUCAGAGGCCGAGUGGGUCGGGCAUUUCCCCAGAGCUCAGGAGACCUGGCUUAUAUUCCUAGUUCUUCCUCCACCCUGCUGGUGACUUUGGACAAAUCACUGCACCCUCCAUGCCUCAGUUUCCCCUCCCACGCUUGGUUUAUUUACACUGUCGGCUCUUAGGGACAGGGCCUGUCUCUUGGUGUGCAGGUCCAUUUCCACUGACUGCUACGGUGGCCGGUUCGAAUCUGAUUGCUAAGCCUCGGAACGGCAGAACAGGGCGCGCUAGGGCUAGGCUGGGCUCGUUCUUUGGGGAGGACGGGGUGCAGACUUCAACUCUCUAGAAUUGCUCCCGCCCCACUCCCUACGACCCCCUCAGCUGGGACCGCCCCCAAGAGCCAGUGUUCCCGCCCUGCUCCUUCCAGCACUGUCAGCUGGGGGAGAGGCCAGGAUCGAAGAAGCUCUUGUCCCCCUCCUGACAGCACCCCCUGCUGGGAGAGGCUGGGACUGAAGAAGUGGGUGCACCCCAUUGGCAGCACUCCUGCGGUGUUCCCGAUGGUGGUCUCGAGUGGGAAGCACGAUAUUUUGAUUAAAAAACUAGAACACUAUAAAAUGCUCAGCACCUUGGCACACAAUGCUGCGAUGGGGAGGCAGAGGUGGGGCAAGGCUGUUUAUUCAAGGCCAGAAGGGACCAUUGUGAUCAUCUAGUGUGACCCCCUGUAGCGCACAGGCCAGAGGCCUGCCCACAAUAAUCCCUAGCGCAGAUCUGUCAGACAAACAGCCCAUCUUUAUUUACAGUUACAUUUAGCCAUAUUAAAACACGUCCUGUUUGCUUGAACCCAGCUCCCCAAGUGAGCGAUCACUCUGGAUCAGUGCUGGUCCUCGCCAUUAUUUACCUCUCCCUCAACGUUCGUGUCAUCUGCAAACUUCUUCAGGCAUGACUUUGUUUUCUUCCAGGUUAUUGAUAAAAAUGCUAAAUAGCAUAGGGCCAAGAACUGAUCCCUGCAGGGCCCCACUGGACACAGAUCUGCUCAGUGAUGAGUCCCCAUUUACAUUUUGAGACUUAUUAGUUAGCCAGAUUUUAAUCCAUUUACUGUGUGCUGUGUUCAUUUUAUAGUCUUCUAGUUUUUUAGUCAAAAUGUCACAAGGUACCAGGUCAGACACCUUACAGAAGAGUAAGUACAGACACCGGAACUAUUAUCUUUAUCAACCAAAUGAAAGGGAUAUCGGGGUAGUUCGGCAGGAUCUAUUUUCCACAAACCCAUGUUGAUUGGCAUUGAUGAUUAUUCAUAUUAUCCUCCUUUAGUUCUUCAUUAAGCGAGUCCCAUAUCAGCUGCUCUAUCUUGGCUGGGAUCAAUAUCAGAUUGAUAGGCCUGUAAUUACUCAGGUCAUCUCGGUUACACUUUUUGAAUAAUGGCACAACAUCAGCUUUCUUCUAGUCUUCUGGAACUUCCCUGUUGUUCCAAGACUUAUUGAAAAGCAACAUUAAUGUUCUAAUGACCUCCUCAGCCAGCUCUUUUAAAGCUCUUGGAUGCAAGUUAUUUGGACCUGCCAAUUUAAAAAUGUCUAACUUUAGUAGCUUCUGUUUAACAUCAUCCUAAGAUACUAGUGAAAUGGAAAGAGUGUUAUCAUAUACUAUAACUGCAUCAUCUGUUUUUUCAAAAUACAGACAAAUAUUUAUUGAA